UGUGAUUGAUUCUUUUUUUUAGGUACCUCAGAAAUGGGAAGCUCCAUAUGUGACAACGCUAACUCGAUUAAGAAAACUUUCAAACAUCCACGGAAUCGUCGUCACGUAUAAACUUUCUGCACAGCAACCACCUGGAUAUAUAACAACCGUUCUUUUUUACUACCGUUCACAAAUCUUCCCCGGUAGAAAGGCCAAGCUGCCUACGCCUACCUAUUUAAUUAAAUCUACUUUUUAUUCUCUGCUCGUUCCUUUCACAUACCGCAGCCAUGGCACGCAACAGCGAAAAGGCGCAGUCUAUGCUCUUUCGCUUCCGUGCCGCCCAAGCCGCUGAUCUCGGUAUCCUCGACAUAGGACGCACUCGCCGCCCCAAGGCCAUCACCUCCGUCACUUCGAUUCCCGUAUGCGAGAAAUGGCGGGGACAAGUGCUCAAGGAAAUAUCGCGCAAAGUCUCGCGCAUCCAAGAUCAGAGUUUGAGCGACUACCAGAUUCGCGACUUAAAUGAUGAGAUCAAUAAAGCGAUGCGGGAAAAGUGGAUGUGGGAAGUGCAGAUACGAAACCUUGGAGGGCCGAAUUACACACGUGGUGGCGGGAGGGUAUAUGAUGAUGAUGGCCGCGAGAUACCAGGUGGUGGGAAAGGUUAUCGAUAUUUCGGGAGGGCGAAAGAGUUACCAGGUGUCAAGGAGAUGUUUGAGGCCGCUGCAAAGAAACAGAGGAGGACAAGCAGGGAGGACGACGCUGGUGGGGGAAGAGUCGUUGAUAUAUCCCGGAGAAAUGUCGACGCUGCGUAUUUUGGAUAUGGCUUGGAUGAGGAAGAUGGGUCUCUGUUGGAGUACGAAUCCAAAAAGGAAAAAGAAGCCUUCGAGAACAUCCUGAGGAGAGGAGAGGACGAGGCAGCGGAUGGGUGGGAACCACUUCCUGGAGAUGGUGGGGAUGGCAUCGGGUGGAGGUUGCCUACUCUCGAGGAGGUCCAGGAGGAGUUGGUGGAUAGACGACGGCGGAGGCUUCUUGACAAAAUUCUUUGAUAUUAUGAUAUUAUGAUGGGAUGUCAUUUCUAGCCGGUUGGCGUUUUUCAUGAUUGUUAGCCUUUUAAUGUCGUUCUGCAUGCUCAUAUAUUAUUCUAUUCGUUAACUGCAUUCUGCCUAUCUAUAAUUACAUAAUGUACAAGGUUCAUCUAGAACAAUCGUGUGAAUGGGAUUCUGGCAUUCAAACUGUCUCCACGUUCUCCAUAUGUUCUUCCCUCUUGUCCUGUUUCUCUGCCUUCUUAGCCUGGUUAAUGCUUCCGCCCAUAGCUGCCAAUCGCUCUUGCUGUAUGUUCAACGUCGUCUCCUGUAAAUUGUCCAUGAUAAAAGCUCCAAAUUUUCCCUCUCGAUACAUGUGAAUCAUCUUUCUAGCAGCGCCCUCGAGGUCUAUGGUUCCACCUUUGGCGAAACAUCCUGCUUUAGCACCAAAUGACUUCAAGAAAUGUAUUAUAUCAUUCGUUGGUUCCGUGUAUUUCCCAUAUAGUCUUGGUUUGUGGAGAUUUAUUU